AUGGCAUUACAGUUUGGAAACACUACGAGACUUCAUCACAUCGACUUUCCUUCGGCGGCGACGACAGAAAGCGGGGCGCAAACCUGCGAUCAAGCGGGUCUACAGGCAGAAAUGAAGCCGACUGUCGCUCAAAAAGAUCUUCAUAAAACAGGCAAGGUGAAUCUAAAAGUUCGUAGAAAAAAAGACAAGGAAAUGAAGAACAAAACACGACAGGAAAAGAGUGCUCAAUCUCGAAUAAAAACUGAAAUCUUAAAUAAUGGUGGCGGUUGUGAUGUAACUCAAGACGGCCAUCCUAAUCGAUCAACACUUUUUGGCACCUUAACCCAUCAUGCGGCAACACGUUACUUGAAUUUAACGGUAGAGUGGGAUGUCUUAGAAUCGUUUUCCGAGUUUGCCACGUUUCUAGAAGUUCAAAACCCUAUCUGCCCCGCACAUCUUAUUGACACCCCAGAGAAACUCCUCAACGUUUUGUCUUGUGAACUGUGA